GGGAGAUAUAGAGAGGUAGAGAGAUAGAGAGAGAGAGAGGUAGAGAUAUAGAGGUAGAGAGAGAGAUAGACAGUGAUAGAGAGAAAGAUAUAGAGGGAGAGAGAAAGAGAGAGAGGAGGAUUGGAGAGUGUAACAGAAGAUAUCCACACAGCAACGGGAGUGGACCGAGGCCCGACCAGGUGUAACAUCCCGCUACUGGACGGAGGGCGACGGCAGAGCCAUGGCGAAUAUAGCGGUCCAGAGGAUCAAACGGGAGUUCAAAGAAGUUCUCAAAAGCGAAGAGACGAGUAAAAACCAGAUCAAGGUGGAUCUGGUAGAUGAAAACUUCACAGAGCUGCGAGGAGAGAUCGCAGGACCACCAGACACGCCGUACGAAGGUGGCAGAUUUCAACUGGAAAUCAAAAUACCAGAAACGUAUCCCUUUAAUCCUCCCAAGGUGAGGUUCAUCACUAAGAUCUGGCACCCCAACAUCAGCUCAGUAACAGGAGCCAUCUGUCUGGACAUCCUCAAAGACCAGUGCUCAGUAACAGGAGCCAUCUGUCUGGACAUCCUCAAAGACCAGUGGGCAGCAGCGAUGACUCUGAGGACAGUACUGUUGUCCCUCCAGGCUCUUCUGGCUGCAGCUGAACCAGACGACCCCCAGGAUGCAGUAGUGGCCAAUCAGUAUAAGCAGAACCCAGAGAUGUUUACGCAGACAGCCAGGUUAUGGGGCCACUACUACGGUGGAGCCCCUGUUCCCGGUCCAGAAUACACACGGAAGAUAGACAAACUCACUGCCAUGGGCUUCGAAAAGAACGCUGUAAUCGCUGCCUUGUCUUCUAAAUCCUGGGAGGUGGAGACGGCGACAGAACUACUCCUUAACAACUGAGACCCGGCAAGAAACCCCCUCUGACCUCAUCUCCCUUCUCCUUAUGGUGCCCUCCGAUGCCUUCUAACCACAGCCCAAACGGAGCCUUGACUGGAGUUGAUGUCCUAGAGUUUCCAGCCCUGCCCUCCCCGUCCAAGUCACUUCCUGGUAUCCUUUCAGCCCAAACAUCACCCCCCCCUCCACCAAUCCCUUUCUUUUUGGUUCUUCGCUUGAUGAACUCUUCCUUUCCGUCUUUUAAGAAGCCCGACAUUGAACCACUGUCACCUGGUGGAGCCAACUGGCGGAGAGAGACGGGAGGACGAGGAUUUAUCUGUAAAUAAACCUCACCUGGUGGAGCUAACUGGCGGAGAGAGACGGGAGGACGAGGAUUUAUCUGUAAAAUAAAUAUUAGUUCUUAACAAAUACACAGCGGAAUACUUCCUGGAUAUUGUUAAAAAUAAACUGUGCUUCAGUUUUACUCACGACUAGAAGGAAAGAAAUUGCCUAGCUUACUAUUUUGGUCGGCCCGACCAGGGAGUUCGUCCGAAUGUCCCGGUGAAGUGACGCCUGCGUCGUCGUCGUCCCUCACGCUCCUCUUUCCCAGACGAAUCCUGUGCACAGUCUCUUUCUCGACGAAGAAGAUACCUCUUCAUCAGCAGAGAAAACCACCGACCUACCGGCUGGAUCUAUAUUUUAUAAAGGAGAAAAAAAAAGGACUCUUCCCUCUUUUCGCUGUCUUCCUGUUCCACUUCAGCACGACGGAGAAGAUAAAGAACUGCACGGCAGAGUAGAGACCACCCACCCCCCCCAUAAGGCUCUGGCCAUAAGUAGUGCACUGUAUAGGAGAUAGGCUGCCAUUUUGUUUUUGUUUUAAACUCCGUCGGGAGAUAUCAGUUUGGAUUUGUUUUCUGAAGGAAACAGCAGCCGUCACACCUGGGUCCAGAUGCUAUUUGAAAUCUUUCAGCUUUAGUCUGCCAGAUGGGAGGGGCUUGGAGUAUUUUAUUGGCCCGUGAAGCAAACUCAGUCUAGCACAGAAAAAGGGGUUUGAAAUGAUAUUUGAACCGGGGUGUGGCCGCGUACAAUCGCAUGAUUAUUUAUUGUGAGACUGUCAACGUUUACUUUUAUUAAAAAAACAACCUGGAAAAUC